AAUACAUUGUGCAACACUGAUACUGCCACACCAGAUCAGAGAUUGCUAUUUAGUAGUCGUCAAACAGCAGGGGUUUUCAUACCUCAUGGGGAGGAAUCCAUACCAACAAUAACACAACAUCCAGACAGCAGAGAAGACAGUUGUUUAGCAGCAAGGUGUGUCGCUAGAAAGACUAUGGCCUUACGCAAUGACAUCCAAGGAGCUAAACUCAAGGUUCCAGCUGCAGUCUACUCUGGGAUUCUUCCUAAUGUGAAACCUGGCUUCAAGACAUCAAGGAGUGGAAGUAUUGAUUCAGGCUUGCAGCUGAGGGGAAACCAGUGGGCAGCAGCGCAUCAAGCCAUUCUUUUACCUACCCUAAAUCUUCCUCUAACGAAACCAUGUUUAUGGGGUGGGGAUAAUGAUCAACCGGUUGAUGGCAUGAAGCCUUCUCUUGGGGGAGAGCAGAAAGUCAGCAACAAUAUGGAAGAAACAAAGCUUCUUUCCCUAUUGCCUAGUUACUGGGAAAAAGAGGAAGGCAAUGUAGCUGCAGAAACAUCAAGCCUAAAGAAUAAGCUUAUGAGAAGGAGGAUGUCUGAGGGCGCCAUUCUACAUGCAGGUUCAGUGGAUCUCAUCAACUCAAGCCAGGUUCCUCUGAAACCUGCACUUUCCAAAUCUGCCUCACAAAAACUGUUGAAUACCCCCAGGCUAGUUCCACCUAUCAAAAGAAGUGAAAGCCCACAUUCGAGUGCAAGGAUCGAGAACAAAGGAGAUCAGGAAACUCUAGGGAUCUCUGCAGAAGAUCUGGAGGUUAUUACUGCUGAAGGAGGUGAAACAUCGAACAAAGUUUCUGAAGAGGUACUGGACUCUCUUCAAGCAUUGCGUUACAGUGCUGAGAAAAAAAGGAGAACCCUUGGCAGUAGUUUAAUACCACCAAUUCCAAAUUCUGCUCAGUCUACUGAGGUGAACGUCUCUUUGCCUCACUCAGUUUCUCAGCAAACAAAUGGAUACAUCGCAGCAGACAUCAGUAACACAUGGUCAUCACUAGAAAGUGAACUGAAUAUGAAGAACUUGAAGCAAUUAGAGAAUGGCUCUCAUGAGAUGGCAAUAUCAAGUGAAAAGACCCGAAAAGUCUCUCCAGAAGAGAUUGGUGGAGCUCACAAUGGAAGACUAUCCCCACCGUCCAAAAAGAUGAGUUUGGCUGGCAUGGAAAUGAAUCAGGAUACAAUCCUGCAGAAUAUGGAAGGGGAAGAAGAUGCAGAAAAGAAUGGAAGAAUUCAAGUAGCCAUUUCAAAAUCUGCUAAAGAAAAGAUGCGUCGAAAGCAGAAGGAAGAGUUCCAACAACUGCAGCGUGAGAAGGUUCAGCUGAAGGGAGAGCCACCAUGCAUUGAAAAUAACACUGUAACUUAUGAAGAGUUCCAGCUGUUCGAACCUACUGGCAUCUCUAAUACAGCAACCAAUACAAACCGGUUACAUGGAGUAAGCACCGGUGUUGUUUUAAAGAAGCGAGUCAACAAAUCAUCUUUACCCAGCAUUCCUACUGUUCCUCAUGUCAGCAGCUCUCAACAGUCAACAGCGCUUUGUCUGUCGGGCCUUCACUUGGAUUCAGCAGACUGGAAUGAUGACUGUGAGAAUGGAGAAGAUCAGGAAAUGAAACCAUUUUCUUGGCCUGAACAAGCUGUGAUAGAUAUUCUAAAGGCACUCAAUAGCCAGGACUGGGAGAUCAAAAAGAAAGGUCUCUUUGGUGUCCAGCGUCUGGCAUCCUGCCACCCAGAGUUUCUCCUCACCAGAAUUCAUGAUGUUACUUUGGCUGUCACACGAGAGGUCAAUAACUUGCGUUCCAAGGUGUCACGUUAUGCUAUAAGAACUCUAAGCAAGUUGUUUGACACACUAAAGAAAAGCAUGGAUCAGGAAGUGGAUGAAAUUGCCAGAGUCCUGCUGCAUAAGACUGGAGAUUCUAAUGAAUUCAUCCGUGAUGAGGCUGACGAAGCACUGACUGUCAUGGUGGACAAUGUGACUCCUGCUCGAGCACUAACAGCUCUUAUCACAGGUGGAGCGAGCCAUCGUAACACAUCAGUUCGUAAAUGCAUGGCAGAACAACUCAUGGGGUUGGUUGAGCAAACAGGAGCUGAAAAACUUCUAUCAGGAACCAAAAGCAACACAGACCUACUAAUUCAGACUGCAGCAAAGCUCAUACAGGAUGGCAACCAGGACACCAGAUAUUAUGGCCGCAAGAUGUUGACUGUUUUGUCAUCCCAUCCAGACUUUGAGAAGUGUAUGGAACGAUCACUCCCGUCACAUGACCAUCGCCAUAUAAUGACAGUCGUAAAGCAGAAGGGUGCCGGAGACAAUCCAUCUGAACCACCUUCUGCUAGAAGCCAAAGGUCAUCAAGAAGCAAUAAUUCUGCUACAGCUGUGGAUAAACAACCCAGUAUCCAUGUAAAGGAAGGUUCCAGCUUUCCAUCAGAACCACAGGAGCAGCAGCACCAACAACAACAGCAACAACAGCAGCAACAACAGCAACAGCAGCAACAACAGCAACAACAGCAGCAACAGCAACAACAACAACAGCAACAACAGCAGCAACUCCCAGCAAUACGCAAGCCUGCCAUUCGCUGUGCUGAAAUGACAGAGCAACUGAAAGAGCUGACUAAGCUCCUGACAGCCAAAGAGUUCCAAGAAAGGAUGCAGGGCAUAUCUCUACUACUGGAACGCUGCCAGAGCAGCCCGCGUUUCGUUAUCUCCAGCAUUAUUAUGAUUUUUGAUUCCUUUUCUCCGAGACUUCAGGACUCAAACAAAAAAGUGAAUCAGUUUGCACUGGAGUCCAUGGUUGCCAUGAUACCUUUACUAAAGGAUAGCUUGCAUCCAGUCCUUCUUUCUGUAGUAACUAGUGUCACAGACAACCUUAACUCAAAAAAUUCUGGGAUUUACACUGCAGCAGUGACUGUUCUAGAUACACUCAUCAAGACUAUAGAUAAUGCUCUGCUUUUGCAGCCAUUUGCUGGAAGAGUACAGUUUAUCAGUGGAAGAGCAAUGCAUGACAUUACAGAAAGAGUAUCAGUUCUUGUAGUUUCUGUGUAUCCCCGCAGACCUCAAGCUGUUGAACGACAUGUCCUGCCUGUUCUCUGGUAUUUUUUGAACAACAUGACCAGAAGUGGAGUCCUUCCUGGAGGAAGUGGAAACAUCCGAGCUGUGGUCAUCAAGCUUGCCAAAAGCCUUCAUGGUCAAAUGGGUCAAAGCCUACAGGAGUACGCCUCCAGCCAGCCCCAGCAUGCAUCUCGGACUCUGCAAGACCUCAUUAAUACAGAGCUCUAAUCAUUAGACUAGGCUUUCAAAUAUUUAUUUAGCCACUUUAUAGGACACAUUUAGAGAAGACCACCAAAGAACAAGAAAAAGAAAAAUAAACAAAAUAUUUUUGUUCUUUCUUGUAAAUACUAAUGAAGUUAUUUUUUAGGCUAGGCUGUAAAUGGAAUUUUUUUUCAAAGCAAAACUACAAAUGUUAUUUUUCUAAUUGUUUGUACUUUAACCAGAUGUUUACAUAGUUGUUUUUUAAUAUCUGUGAUGACAGAGAAAGCAGUUGUCAGAGAUCAGAAUUGUAUUUAUUCUUUUUAUUGUUGCAGAUUAUUCUCUCUAUGGAUCAAGAUUCACUGCAGCAUCUCGUUUUCUUUGUAGUACUUCCUAGACUCAAUUCUAAAAUCUGGCAAAAGGUAUAGGAGAUCAAGUCUCACAUAGAGCACUUGAACUUAAAACCUUCUGUUUUGCAUAUUUAUAUUCUUAAUUUUUUUUUAGAUCACACUGCCUUCUCUGUUACUGGAUUCUUAUAUUUUGACUUAGAAUGCAAAGUGCAAGUAUUGAUAGCAUCCUAAUCAGCAAAUUAAAAUUGGCACACCAUAGUCAAACCGUAUGGAAACAUUAUUGACUGAUAAUGCAGGUGAUUUGGAUUAAUGCUACAUUUCCAAAAUGCCAUGUAUACAGACGAGAAGAAAGAUUCACAAACUUAACUGGAAGUAUACGCUGGGAUUCUAUAAAAGAAAUUAAGAUGAAUAGGAAAAAGAGGUAACAGGUAAAGCAGACUGGAGAAAGAGAAUUAUAUCUUGUGGUAAAGAGGCAGUCAUAUCUAAAUAGAAGGUAAAGGACAUUAAAGAAGGGAAGGUAGAUGUAGAGGGAGAAAUAGCAGGAAGAUGUGGCAGAAAGCAAGAACAAUUAGACACAUGACUAGCAUGUUGUAGGCUAUAUCAAGAAAAUGUAUUGCAUGGAUAGUGGUGACAGAAGACCAUUAUGUCAUGGUACUUCCUAAAUAAUGAUGUUCAAUGAGGAAGGAUGCAAAAAAGAUGUGCUAGAAGGAAGGUAUGUUGUAUGCCAUGGAUGAUGAUAAAGCAAGCAUACAGAAAUAUCUGGAAAUUAAGAGUGGGUGUGAGUAAACCAAAUGUAAAGCAAAAAAAAAAAAAAAAA